AUAUUUUUGAUGGGGCAAUGUGGGAGAUGUGUGUGCUUUAUCUCUCGCUCUGUGUCGCCAUCCUUAGUCUUUUCCUCCAGGGAAUGAGGAGCUAUGCUAUGUAGAGCGCUCAACCAUUUCAGAUGAAGAGGUCUAGGCUUAUUUGAAGGGUAUUUGGUGAAUUUAAAGGGGGAUUUGGGAGAAGCCGAUGGCGGUGUGCUCGUGGGAGGAAAUGCAGACUGUGCUCAAAUCUUAAAGUGUGGCAAGUGAAGUGUGUGAUAAUGAAUGGAAAAUAGAAUGGAACAAAAGAAGCAAACGUUGUAGUUGAAGACAAGGACCGGCCCAAUACAGCAUUUCUUAUUGGGCUGCGUUUUUUAGACAAGGAAAUUCAUUUGGGAAAACCAUUAGUCACAUCGAGGACUGUGAAGAAAGCAGUGAGAAAGGUGCAUUCAAUCAAGGUGACAAGAAGCGAGUUUAUAUUUGUCAAUUGUGUGGAUGAAGAACAGAAGAAGCGUGCACUGGAGGUGGCUAAACUGUCCACGUCAGAAGUCACCUGUAUGCGGCACAGUUGAUAGCGCGCCGGACCUCGGGCUAGAAGGUCGAGGGUUCGAGACCUGAUCCCUGCUGUUUCAUUACAAUACCAUAGAAGAAAGAAGAUAUUCAAGAACAUGACAAGUUAUUAUUUUCUAUAGGAAUAUCACAUUCAACGGACCAUGGCUGAUUUGGCAAACAUUAACUGUCCGAUUCUCUUUCUCCCUGCGCUGCCCACACCGGGAUGCCAGCAGCCACUCGGACUGGGUCCCCGAGUCACACCGGAAUGCCAAGCGCACGCCUUCCUUUAAGGCCAGUUUUAGUGAAGAACCGGUAGACAGAAGUUCCAUUUUUAGCUAACGUGACCUCUCGUAUUGCAUUUGGCUAGCACUGACAGCUUCUGUGAAGUAUCUAGCCAUUUUAGCUAACUGCUAGCUGUGAGGCAAGUGUGUCAGCAUUUUAAACACUGUAAAUGCCGCAAACCACAAAAACAUAGUUCACUAGCAACGCAUGAGAGCUUGAUAAGGCAGAAUGUCACCUGAACAGUAGUGUUUGCUACACUUCAAGAACAUGACAGCUAGCUAUAACAACACAUGACUUGUGGACCCACAUCCGGAACAACUGAUGGGGGUGGAACGUUGCACGUCAAAAUUGGUGGUAGCAAUGGACGGAACAAUGGGAAGGAUGUUUACAGUGCGUCUCAAAAAUGUGUCGUUCCGAUUCAGAUUUUGGCGUUGAUGAGCAUCGGAUUUAUUCUGUACGAUUGAUAAGGAGGAAGCUGAGCUCUGUUCUGGUUGCCUGAGGACACCUGCUGCACCUGUGCUGUGUGAACCUUGGCAUUUGCGUGAACUAAGGGAGUGUGUCACCUGAAGCAGGACAGCGGGAUUCUUCUUAACCUUCAUCCAUCGAUCUAUAACUCUCAGUUCUUGAAGUCCAAGCUAGCCUGACUGCUCUCUCCCUCUCUCUGUAUCUAUUCAUCUAUUCAUCCAUCCCUCUUUCACACUUCUCCAUGCCUUUGCCCAAUUAUGUCCCUGUCACUUCCAGAGUCCCUCUGUAAGACUUCUGUCUCGCCAUCCCUCCGUGAUCUAUCUCUCUGUCCACCUGUGUGUGCGCCCCUCCUGACCGCCAGGCUGGAUUUCCUGCAGAUGAAACACUUGAAGAGGAAGAGGAAGAGUAACUACAGCGUUCGUGAGACGCAGGCGCUGAUCCGGGAGAUCCACAAAAGACGAGACGUGCUGUUCUCCCGCCAGCAGAACACCGCCAUCAACGAGCUGAAGAGACGAGCCUGGGAGGAGGUAGCAGGAGGCGUCAACGCACUGGGAGAGGGCGAGCUACGCACAUCUUCAGAGGUGAAGCGGCGUUACCUGGACUGGCGGUCGCUAAUGAAGAGGAAGCAGCUCCGUGCUGAGCUGUCUCUCUCCACAGGGCUGAAGGCAGAGUAUGAUCCGUCCUCCCCUGAACACAACGCCUCACUGGGCUCAAGGGACCAGUCGCUCGACCUCUCUAGCUUUCCCAAGGAGUCCCAGUGCGACUGGCAGGACCUGGCGGAUCUUGGAGAGCCCAGCGGACACGCAAUGUCUACAGUGAUUAAGAUGGAGGAGGAGGCCAAUGGAUACAGGCUGGAGGGUGAUAGCGGAGAGGGAGAUGGUGAGGAGGAGGAUGAUGAUGAUGAAGAAGAAGAUUGUUUCCCCUCUCUCCUACCCGACAUGGGAGAGCGCGAUGUACUUAUCCCGGAAGUCUUCUCACACAUUGAGUUUGGAAUGCUCAGUGCCUCCAAGGGGACGGCGACCUCGAUAAAUCGGGACCUCUCAUUGGGCGGAAUGGGCUUUGCUGGGUUAGGACUGGCCAAUCACGAGAGUAUGGGAUUUCUGGUUGGUUUGGAGAAGCAGCGUGUGGAAUUGGAGAAGCAGCGUCUGGCUGUGGAAACGGAGCGGCUUGCGGUGGAGAGAGAGAGACUCCUACUGGAUAAGGAGAGACUGAGUCAGUUGGAGGUGGAGAGGGAGAGAUUGCAGCUGGAGAAAGAGAGAUUGCAGCUGGAGAAAGAGAGACUUAGGCUGUUGCUCAUAAACCAAUCAGAACGGGCUGCUGCUCCCCCUCAGCAAGGCCCUCCCUCCUCCUCCACCCCUACCACCUCAUCUUCCUCUGCUGUGGAUGGACAGAAUGAGAGAAAGGAGAAUAAACCCUUGCUUUCUAUGAUAGAUCUGGAGGGCGAGAGACGGAGCCUGGAGAAGGACAGAUUGCAGUUAGAGAAAGAGAGGCUGCAGUUCUUUAAGUUUGAGUCUGGACGACUGCAGAUAGAGAGGGAGAGACUAGAGGUGGAGAGAAUGCAGCUUUACAAGGACCAGGGUCAUUGAGAGAGGGAGGAUAGGAUUUCAUCAAAUAACAUUUUGUCACAUGCUUCGUAAACAACAGGCGUGGACUAACAGUGAAAUGCUUACAUGCCGUUCCCAAUAAUGUAGAGAAAAUAGAGAAAUAAUAGAAAAAUGAUGAUGAUACAUAAUUAGAAAUGAAAAGCUUUGUUAUAUACAUGGGGUACCAGUACCAAUUUGAUGUGCAGGGGUACAAUGUAAUUGAGGUACAUACAGUGGCAAGAAAAAGUAUGUGAACCCUUUGGAAUUACCUGGAUUUCUGCCUAAAUUAGACAUAACAUUUGAUCUGAUCUUCAUCUACAGUAAGUCACAACAAUAGACAAACAGUUUGCUUAAACUAAUAACAUACAAAUUAUUGUAUUUUUCUUGUCUUUAUUAAAUACAUAAUUUAAACAUUCAGUGUAUGUUGGAAAAAGUAUGUGAACUCUAGACUAAUGACUUCCCCAAAAGCUAAUUGGAGUCAGGAGUCAGCUAACCUGGAGUUGAAUCAAUGAGACGAGAUUGGAGAUGUUGGUUAGAGCUGCCCUGCCCCAUAAACACUCACAACAUUAGUUUGCUAUUCACAAGAAGCAUUGCCUGAUGUGAACCAUGCCUCGAACUAAAGAGAUCUCCGAAGACCUAAGAUUAAGAAUUGUUGCCUUGCAUGAAGCUGGAAAGGGUUACAGAAGUAUCUCUAAAAGUCAGUCCACGGGAAGACAAAUUGUCUAAAUGGAGAAAUUUCAGCACUGUUGCUACUCUCCCUAGGAGUGUCCGUCCUGCAAAGAUGACUGCAAGAGUACAGCGCAGAAUGCUCAAUGAGGUUAAGGAGAAUCCUAGAGUGUUAGCUAAGACUUACAGAAAUCUCUGGAAGAUGCUAACAUCUCUGACGAGUCUACAAUUCGUAAAACACUAAACAAGAAUGGUGUUCAUGGGAGGACACCAUGGAAGAAGUCACUGCUGUACAAAACAAAACAUUGCUGUACAUCUGAAGUUCGCAAAAGAAAACCUGGAUGUUCCACAGGACUACUGGCAAGAUAUUCUGUGGACAGAUGAAACUACAGUUGAGUUGUUUGGAAGGAACACAACACUACGUGUGGAGAAAAAAAGGCACAGCACACAACAUCAAAACCUCAUCCCAACUGUAAAGUAUGGUGGAGGCAGCAUCAUGGUCUGGGGCUGCCUCAGGGCCUGGACAGCUUGCUAUCAUCGAUGGAAAAAUGAAUUCCCAAGUUUAUCAAGACAUUUUGCAGGAGAAUGUAAGGCGAAUCUGUCCACCAAUUGAGGCUCAAUAGAAGUUAGGUGAUGCAACAGGACAACGACUCAAAAGACAGAAGUAAAUCAACAACAGAAUGGCUUAAACAGAAGAAAAUAGGCCUUCUGGAGUGGGCCAGACAUUCCUGACCUCAACCCGAUUGAGAUGCUGUGGCAUGACCUCAAGAGAGCGGUUCACACCAGACAUCCCAAGAAUAUUGCUGAUCUGAAACAGUUUUGUAAAGAGGAAUGGUCAAAAAUUCCUCCUGACCGUUGUGCAGGUCUGAUCAGCAACUACAAAACGUUUGGUUGAGGUUAUUGCUGCCAAACGAGGGUCAGCCAGUUAUUAAAUCCAAGGGUUCACAUACUUUUCCCACCCUGCACUGUGAAUGUUUACACGGUGUGUUCAAUGAAGACAUGAACAAUUCUAAUUGUUUGUUAUUAGUUUAAGCAAACUGUGUUGGUCUAUUGUUGUGACUUAGAUGAAGAUCAGAUAAAUGUUCUGCCCCAUUUAUGCAGAAAUCCAGGUCAUUCUAAAGGGUUCACUUACUUUUUCUUCCCACUGUAUGUACAUAUAAGUAAGAAUAAAGUGACAGAUAAUAAACAGUAGCAGCAGCAUAUGUGAUGAGCAUUAAGGGAUAUCUACGAGAGAAGUGUCUGGAAGAAGAGGUGGUCUUUAUCUGAGUGUAGACAGGCCAGGUAUGAGCCUCUAUGAGCAGUCACCUCCAUGGUCCACCUCCUGUCUCAGACAGCUCCAAUAGCUUGUUACUGUUCAGCUUGAUCCACAAUUGGUUGAAACGAGGUGAACAGUUCAACCAAUCAGACAUUACAACUAUCAAACUGACCUUAGAUCAGCAGGGCGUCUUCAUCCUACUCCAGGUUGUUGGCAAAAGGAUGUUAUCCAGUUUUAUUUCCUGUAGAGGCGGGAUCAAGAUUCAAACUGCCACUCAAACUCAGGAGCCGCUACCAAUCACAUUUAAAACAUCUCCCUGCCAAUCAUUCUGUUAUGUAUGUGGACUUUGUUGCGUUAAGGAGAUGUUAAUUGAACAAAUAUAAUCUGUGUCUAGCACAGGAGGUUGGUGGCACCUUAAUUGGGGAGGACGGGCUUGUGGUAAUGGCUGGAGCGGAAUGCUAUCAAAUACAUCAAUCACGUGGUUUCCAUGUGUUUGAUGCCAUUCCAUUCACUCUGUUCCAGGUGUUAUUGUGAACAGUCCUCCCCUCAGCAGCCUCCACUGGUGUCUACAAUGUUUGUAUAAAGUGAGUGGUUGUGUACUGGGAGAAACUGUAGUUUUUGUCCCUGGUGAAGUUUUGUGUAGCUCAGUACUACCGUCCAUGUACUGCACAGGAAGUGGACAGUACUACCGUCCAUGUACUGCACAGGAAGUGGACAGUACUACCGUCCAUGUACUGCACAGGAAGUGGACAGUACUACCGUCCAUGUACUACACAGGAAGUGGACAGUACUACCGUCCAUGUACUACACAGGAAGUGGACAGUACUACCGUCCAUGUACUACACAGGAAGUGGACGGUACUACCGUCCAUGUACUGCACAGGAAGUGGACAGUACUACCGUCCAUGUACUGCACAGGAAGUGGACGGUACUACCGUCCAUGUACUACACAGGAAGUGGACAGUACUACCGUCCAUGUACUGCACAGGAAGUGGACGGUACUACCGUCCAUGUACUGCACAGGAAGUGGACAGUACUACCGUCCAUGUACUGCACAGGAAGUGGACAGUACUACCGUCCAUGUACUGCACAGGAAGUGGACAGUACUACCGUCCAUGUACUGCACAGGAAGUGGACAGUACUACCGUCCAUGUACUACACAGGAAGUGGACAGUACUACCGUCCAUGUACUGCACAGGAAGUGGACAGUACUACCGUCCAUGUACUACACAGGAAGUGGACAGUACUACCGUCCAUGUACUGCACAGGAAGUGGACAUAAUGUACAGUAGCUGUAAACGUAAAGUACAGAAUGCUCUACAGUAUGUGACUCAAACCAGGGUCAUGUACAGAGAUUCUUUAGACCAAACCUUUUGUCUUUUUUAAUGGUGCUAUUUUGAUUGUGUGUUUAUGGUUUAGUACUAUGGUGGAAUGUUGUGUGUGUGUGUGUGGUGUUCUAUAUUAGCCCAGUCAUCCAAGGAAAGAGUUGAAUAUCUCUGCAGAUUCCGUCUAUUUUAAGAGCGAUGAAAAAAGGAUAAUGUUGCCUAUAUGCUUUCUGCAUCGCCAUUAAAACUCACAAUAAAGGAUAUAAAUGGUGUUAUUUCUUUUUAAUUCUGCCUGUUUUUAUGAAUACAUCUGGUGUGAACCCACAUUCACACUUAAAUCAGCUGAUGCUCCAUCUCUCUCAUACAAACACAGCAGGCAGUUCAAAUCACAAAGACUAGGGUUUUUUUCCGCUUUGAGAUUUUCUGUUGUCUAUUUCUGCAAGGAAAGCCUAUGUGAAAGGAUGUGCUUCAGCUGCUGACUGGUUUAGCCGUCUACGUCAAAUUCUGUUUUAGAAAAUGGUCCUUUUUCACUGGUGAAACGUGUCAUCAAUAAAUAAACGAUGAAAUGUG